AUGACGGCUGUCCGUCCACACGCGUGGAGCCAGGAGGACUGCCUGACGCUGCUUGAGCGGAUCCGCGUGCUGCCCGACGGAGACGCCAUGAAGUACAAAACCACCGAGUCGCACUUUGACUGGGACAAAGUCGGCUUCGGCCGCUUCUCCGGGGACAUGUGUCGCCAGAAGUGGCAGAAGGUCUCCUCCGAGGUCCGGAAGUAUCGGACCAUGACGGAGCUCAUUGUGGACGCCAUUGAGUUUGUCAAGAACCCCUACAAAGGCAAGAAGCUGAAGACCCACCCAGACUUCCCCAAGAAGCCGCUGACUCCCUACUUCCGCUUCUUCAUGGAGAAACGGGCCAAAUACGCCAAGAUCCAUCCGGAGAUGAGCAACCUGGACCUCACCAAGAUCCUGUCCAAGAAGUACAAGGAGCUCCCAGAUAAGAAGAAGCAAAAGUACAUCACAGAGUUCCCGGAGAAGGAGGAGUUUGAGAAGAACAUGGCCCGGUUCAGGGAGGAGCAUCCGGACCUGAUGGAGGAGCGGAAGAAGUCGGACCUGCCGGAGAAACCCAAGACGCCCCAGCAGCUGUGGUACAACCACGAGAAGAAGGCCUACAUGAAGCUGCACCCAGAGGUGAGUCAGAAGGAGCUGAAGGAGGCGCUGAGGAGGCAGUGGUCCCAGCUGUCCGACAAGCGCAGGCUAAAGUGGAUCAGCAAGGCGCUGGAGCUGCAGAAGGACUAUGAGGGCAGCAUGAGGGUGUACCACGAGGCCCACCCAGACUCCAACUCAGAGGAACACGUCCGCUCUGUCCUCACCAAGGCUGAGAGACAGCUAAAGGACAAGUUCGAUGGACGGCCCACCAAGCCGCCGCCGAACGGCUACUCCCUGUACUGCGCUGAGCUGAUGGUGAACAUGAAGGACGUGCCGAGCACCGAGCGCAUGGUGCUGUGCAGCAAGCAGUGGAAGAUGCUGACCCAGAAGGAGAAGGACAUGUUCCAGAAGCGCUGCGAGCAGAAAAAGAAGCAGUAUGACGUGGACCUGCAGCGCUUCCUGGAGAGCCUUCCUGAGGAGGAGCGGGACAGAGUCCUGACGGAGGAGAAAAUGGGCGGAGCCAAGAUGAAUGUGGGCGUGGCUCCCAGCCCUCUCAGAGCCAAGUCUCCAUCGGUCAAGGAGCGCGGCCGGGAGGCGGAGCCAGAGGUGUGGCCAGCAGCCGGGGGCGGAGCCACAGCGCCCAGAGAGCGGCGGGACGCCAGGAAGGCAGCGAAGCUUCCAGACACGCCGAAAACUGCAGAGGAGACGUGGCAGCACAGCGUGACAGGAGAUUACCUGGCCAAGUACCGGAGUGACCGCAGGAAGGCACAGGCGGCGAUGGAGGUGGCUUGGCGCUCCAUGGAGAAAAAGGAGAAAAUUCCCUGGAUCAAGAAAGCAGCAGAGGACCAGAAACGUUACGAGAGGGAGCUGUUGGAGAUGAGAGCGCCCCCUGUCGGCCAGAGGAAGCCCAAGUUCGACGGGGAGCCGAAGAAGCCUCCAGUGAGCGGCUACCAGAUGUUCUCCCAGGAGCUGCUGACGAACGGAGAGCUGAACCACUUCAGCCUGAAGGAGCGCAUGGUGGAGAUCGGCAAGCGCUGGCAGAAGCUCAGCCAGGCGCAGAAGGACAAGUACAAGAAGCAGGUGGAGGAGCAGCAGGUGGAGUACAAGGCCCACCUGGAGGCCUGGGUCAAGUCGCUGUCCCCGCAGGAUCGCGCCGUGUACAAGGAGUUCUCCUCCUCGAAACGCCGCAGCAGCUCCUCCAAAGCAACCACCAGCCCCGUGGCCAAAGUCCGGGUGACGGCGAAGGGAAAGGUGGGCGGAGCCCGAGCCGUGACCCCAGGGGUCGCCGUGGGGAAGCGGGCCAUGGCAUACCGUGCUAAGCAGGACAUGUCCGACUCUGAUGAGGAGGAGGAGAAGAGCGGUUCCUCAGAUUCUGAUGAAGACGAUGAGACAUCAGGAAGUUCAGACAGCGAGGAUGAAGAUGAGAACGAUGACGAUGAAGAGGAGGAUGACGAUCAAUCUUCCUCGGAGGAAUCCAGCGAGUUGGACUCAGAUUAGUCCUGCCCACUCAUUGAAGAGGACAGGCUGUGCAGGCCACGCCUCCUCCUCUGCCAGUCAUCCGGGCAGACCAAUGCGAGGCAGCGCCGUCAGAAGUGGGCGGAGCCUGUUACAAGCAUUUGAGUUUAUAUUUACUUGGUUUUUAUCUGACAGACAUUUCAGGAUGACAGCUUCCUGUUUGUUCUUUUGGGUGGGCGGGGUUUGUACAUGACGACAUGCAGGGGGCGGAGUCAGUGUUGGACCUCCAAUCAGCCGGAGGCCGAGAGAAACUCAAUAAAUGCACUUUUUCCAAAC